AAUUUAACUGCUUCAUUUUUUCUUUUUUAGCUUAUUGCACUGCGUUCGCUACAAUUGCAUGCAUUGAGGCUCUCAGAGCACAAUUCUAUGGUAUCAAAGAAAGGUUAUCAAUACAAUACGUGGUUGAUCACUGCUACGACAUAAACGCAAAAGAUAGAGGAGCUUAUUUCGAAGAUGUACUUGAUUUCAUCAUAAAAAAUGGAAUGUAUACCGCAUCUGAUUAUCCGUAUGAAGGAAGAAUUAAUAUUCCUCCUCCGAGAAAGGAUAUUUAUUGUCUAAAUGAUAGAAUAUCUUAUAAAACACAUCAUGCUAUGGUACUCAUCGGAUGUGGAGAACAAGAUCGUCCUUAUUGGCUUUGUCAAAAUUCAUAUGGAAAGAAUUAUGGCAAAAAAGGCUUCGGAAGGAUAUUAAUGGACGAUUAUGAGAAUCCCAUUAUAGCAUUUGCCUUACACCUUCCGGACAUUAAUUUAGUACCUAAUUCGGAAUUUGAUCUACUUAUUGAUUUUUCUAAGAGUUUUCUCAUGCACUUUGGCAAUUGCAUGGUCACAUGGGAAAAUUAAACACAUGAAAUUAUGACAUCUACUAUGUAUUAAGAUAAGUAUUGCAAUUGUUAUUUGGAUUGCCACAUGGCUUGCUUUUACUGACCUUUUUGU